AUGUUUACAACAUUACCAUUAGAAGUGUUUGUUUGUAGAGAGGUGAUAAUAAAAUAUUAUUAUCCAAAUGAAAUGUAUUUAUUGAAACGUCAUGUUAUAAUAACGACAUUAUUAGUGGCCGGGGCAAUGUUUAUAUCGUUGUUGACUAAUGAUUUAGGAAUUGUUUUAGAGCUGACUGGAGGAUUUUCAGCAACAGCAUUAGCAUUCAUUCUACCACCUGCAUGCUUUUUAAAACUAACAUCUGGUAAAUGGUAUAGUAGGAAAAAAUUACCGGCAGUUGCAUGUGUUGGGUUUGGGGUCUCGGUUAUGAUAUUAAGUACCACAUUGAGCAUUACAAAAAUUAUCAAUAAUUAUCAUGAAGAACGAGAUUUAAAAAAGUAG